AUGUUUUUUUUAUUCGUAUCGAGUUUCCGGCAACAAAAACUUUAUGCAGUCACCAGGAGGUUAAGUUUGAAGGCGAUUGCAACAUGCUUCAAUCCAUGACGAAGUUUUUUACCAAGCGAAAUACAAAGCAUUAUAAAAGGUCAUUUGAUAAAGAUUACAAUGCAGCGAACGCGUUCAUACUUCUCGUCACAGAGAAAAUGGAGGAAUUAUCAAAUAAAACUGAAACUGCCAGCCAUCGCUAUGAAAUUGAGUCUAAUGAAAAUAGCGAACACAGCUCUGACAGUUACAGCUAUUGCGAUAACUUGAAUACUAAUGAUUCUGCUGUUUAUUACAAAACUAAAAAUCUGUGUGAUGCACGCAGUGUUCGAGCCACAAAUGUGAGAGAAAGGAGAAAGCAUUCCAGUUGUAAUAAGAACGAAUUGGCUUGUGAAAACGAAACGUUCCAGAAAGAAAUCAUUUCUGCCGACAAAUUCCCCGCAAAAACACAAAUAGAAUAUAACCAGCUGGAUAAUAUACAAGAAUCGGGCUGUGCUAAUUGGGAAAAUUCUAAAGAAUGCGUUAGCAGGAAUAGCAAGAAUAAUUUCAAAUUUAAGCGUCGGACUAAAGUUGAUUAUUCUUGGUUAUUUGACAGAAAAAAUAUUCCACGACUGAACAGAUUCGACCGAGGAAAAUUACGAGAAUGCUGUCAGUUAAUGACUUAUGAUCAGAGUAUAUUAGCAUAUGAUGUACUUCAAAAACUCAUUGAAGAUAUAUCAGAACCGUCGGUAAUUCCACUAAUAUUAGAUACCAUUAUUAUGUAUAUACUUGGGCAAGAUAAAGAAUCCGCAAGUUUUAGAGAUCUCUUCAGGAGAAGAAACCUAACCGAAAUCCGCUGGCAAGGAUACAUGCGUCCCUUUGGCCAACUUUUAUCAGUGCUUUUUCCGAAAAGAUUUAAACAAUUGCCUGAUUCUGAUCGUCAAAAUGAAGUAAUCAGCAUGGCAAGCAUUAUUAAAGAGUCCCUUAUGAAAAAAAGCAGCAAUGUUUUUGUGAACAAGCCUUCAACAGAAAGCGAAGUAAUCGAGUUACCAAAUGAGUCUAAAGACAUCAAUGUGGUGUACGUUCAAAGAGUGGACCAUGACCGAGGACAAACCAGCGCGCAGAAAUCUUACUAUGGGAAUGAACAAUCGUAUAAAUUUUGCAAAAUAGAUAAGUUUUAUUUAAGAAAUUCAAACAAUAUAUUGUCAAAUAGUAUGUAUAAAUCUCAGAUUUGCCGUUCAAAACCUGGAUUAAUAGAGAAGCAGAAUUUAGAAUGGAUUGAUAGGGAAGAAGAAUUCAGAAGAAGGAAAAGAGUAAUAAAGUGUCGUUCUCAAGCAGUGACUGUACGAGUGAUUCGUGAUUUCAAUUCUAAGCCAUAGAAAAUGAAAAAUUACAAUAAAUAAAAGUUAACAUCAGUCAAUUU